AUGGCACAGCCCAAAGACUCACUGGACCAUGGCCACGCACCUGACUCGGUGACCGAAAAGGCACCUGCGGACGACACCAACAACAACCACAACAUCGACGACGGCAGCAGUAAUUACCAUAACAACAGCAGCAGCGCCCAUGCCAUUCCGCCGCCGUUAUUCGUUGUGCCUAGCAACGCGGACCAGGCACCGGGGAGAGACACAGCCUCAUCGGCCGGCGAUAUCGGGUGGAUUUUCUCCGUAUACACGUUCGUCGUGUUCUUUGGGGGCUUAUUUAUCGGGCCCUUAUUCGACAAGCAUGGCCCGAGAUGGCUGAUCCUGACCGGCACCGUGUUUGUUGGUGCCAGCCUGAUGCUUUUUAGCAUCUCCACAGAGCUGUGGCACUUCAUCCUGUCCUUCGGACUAUUCUGCGGCCUCGGCUGUUCCCUGCUCUUCACGCCCUCCCUCGCUGCUGUAGGGCACUUCUUUCAAGCACGCCGGGGGCUCGCCACUGGAAUCGCCUCCACGGGCGGCAGCAUCGGCGGCAUCGUGUUCCCGCUGAUGCUGCAGUCGCUGUUCCCGCGCCUGGGCUGGGGCUGGUCCGUCCGCACCCUGGGCUUCACCGUGCUGGCCAUCUGCGGGUGUGCCAACUUCCUCAUCCGCUCGCGCCUCCCGCCCGCCCUCGGCGCCAGCGCCCGCCCGGACUUCAACAUCUUUCGCAACAGCGCCUUCACGCUGACGACGAUCGGCAUGUUCCUCCUCGAGUUCGCCCUCUUCAUCCCUCUGACGUACAUCUCGUCCUACGCACGCUCAAAGGGCUUCUCCGAGGCCUUCUCAUUCCAGAUCCUGCCCAUCCUCAACGCCGCGUCCGCCUUUGGCCGCGCGCUGCCGGGCUACUGGGGAGAUAAGAUUGGGCCCUUCAACAUAAAUCUGAUCAUGAUUGUCAUGUCGAUUAUCUCGUGCCUCGCGAUCUGGCUGCCCGCUGGGUCUUACACUGCCGGCCUGAUACUGUUCGCGGUGACGUUUGGUUUCGCCAGCGGCAGCAAUAUCAGCAUCACACCGGUCUGCAUAGGCCUCCUGUGCAAGACGCAGAAUUACGGCCGAUACUAUGCGACCUGCUAUACUGUUGUCAGCUUUGCUUGCCUGGUGGGUGUGCCCAUCGGUGGCAACAUUUUGACCUCGAACGGAGGCGACUAUUGGGGGGUUAUCGUCUUCACCGGGCUCGUGUAUCUAGGUGCUCUCAUAUCUUUGUACUUUGCGAAAGUGUGCAAGGUCGGAUGGAAGCCUUGGGUUAUCUUCUGA